GAUUGUUGGACUAACUAAAAUCACGUAUUAAAAUCAAACAUAAAAUCCAAACUUCUGAUUGUUAGAGUUCCCAUGCCCUUUUUUUCUUCUUAAUACUGUACAGUAGAUUUAACAUUCAAAUUUUCAUGAACUCGAGAAAUAAAAUUUUAGAAUCUUAAAUUAUGUUAUAUACAACACUUAGAUUCUUUUAUAAUUUAUACAGCCCUAGUUAAGUCAUUCACUCAAUGCACUUGGAGCUUCCUUUAAGUACAUUUUAUCAGUACAUAGAUUAAUCAAAUCUUUCACCUACCAAAUAGUCAAUUGUUUUCUUAGAGUAAAAAUGAUCGAUGCUAUCCAUUGGCAUGUAUGUAUAUAUUGAUGAGACUCGGACAUAAAACUCCCACACCUAACUUGAAGUCAUCAUUAAACAUAUAUCCACUUCUUUUCCUUUUCUUUAAUUAAUCUGCACAUAAGAAGACGAACGAGAAGAGAAACCCUAACAUGGGACAUGCUCAACAAGCCAAGAACGAUUCUCCGCUACAUGAGCAGUGUACUACUAUUUUGUCUUCAAAUCAAAAUGAAAAUUUUGUUGAGAUAGAGAAAGAGAAGACUAUUGCGUUGAUAAAUGCAUGGGAAGAGAACGAGAAGGCCAAAGCUCAGACCAAAGCGUACAAAGAACUUUGCUCCAUUGAAGCAUGGGAGAACAACAUGAAGACAUCUCUAGAGUUAGAUUUGAAGAAAAUGGAGGAAAAUUCAGAAGUGGAGAAAGCUGAGUAUUCAAAAAGAUUCAAGAAAAAAAUACCAGAAAUUGAAAAAAUUGCGGAAGCGAAAAGAGAAAAAAUUGAGAAACUAAAGGAGCAAAAGUCAAUCAAUCUGAAAAAAAUGAGCGAGAAGCUAAGUGCAAAUCCAAAUGCUUAUCCACCCAAAACCAAAACCUGUGGAUGUUUCUAGAACAUGUGUUAUGGGUCAAUUACUGGCCCAUUAAAUAAUCAAGUACACUUUGUUCGUGGUUAAAGGGGAAUAUAUAUAUAUCCAACAAAUAAUGGAAAAUCUAUGUUGACAUUUUAAAUCAUCGAUGUAUCUUUCAUGUGUAUAUGAUAUGGUUGCACCUAUGGUAA